AUGAUAUUUAUUCAAAGUCGGUGCUUCUGUUCUCAGCACCGAGUGGUUUUAUUUUUGCUUCUUUGGCCAAGUAAAUGGCGAUUGUCGAUGCUAUAUAUGACGCGAAACCGGCGACCGCGCAGUGUCCCUUGCUGUGAUGUUAAUACUCAAGUGCUCGAUCGGACUCCAUUCACCCCAUGCAAUAUGGUAAUUUUGACAGUGGCUGCAAACUUUUGGUGGCUGCAAAAUACAUCCAGCUUAGCGGCUAGGCGACCGGGACCGCGACCGUUCACGUUUGGGCGACGCGGACCGAGAAUACCGUCCGCGUGCGUAGUCGUCGCCCUCGUCGCGCUCAUGGCGGUCGCCUCUUUCAGGGCGGUCGCGUUCAGGGCGGUCGCCACGGUCGCCGCGCUCGCCCGCCCGGCUCUCGUAGUUGCGCUCUUCGCGCCGCCCGUGGUAGCGUUCGCGCCCAUCAAAUGGCUCGUCGCCAGGGCCACGGUAGUCGUCAUAGCCGCGGUAGCCAUACGCCUCGCGCCCGUAGCCAUAGUCACGGCCCCCGUAGCCGUAAUCACGGCCGCGGCCACCAUAGGCGCCGCCGUAGCCGCCGUAGCCGCCACGCUCAUAGCCAUAGCUUGGGUAGCCGUAGCCGCCACGGCCGCGUGGAGGAGGAGGGUACGGACCGCCGUAGCCGUAGCCGCCACGUGCACCAUAGCCGCCACGAGCGCCGUAGCCGCCACGAUAGCCCCUGAAUCCGCCCCUAGAAUAGCCGCCACGGCGCGCCGAGUAUGGGUCCGACCGGGCAAGCUGAACAACAAGGCCGUCUUUCAUGGCAUAGGGCAAGUGUUUCCCGUCGAGCUCCAAGGCCUUUUCACAGUCCUCGGGGCUCUUGUAUUCCACAAACGCGUAUUUUUCGCCGUCGUCGGUUCUGGGAGGAGGGAUGUCUAG